CCGCAUAGUAUACUGUGCACCUGCUAUAUUACCCUUUUUGGAAAGCCCCGACCCAUUUUCCUGAUUUUGGCACAAAUGUCCUAACCGUCCACCAUAGCCCUGCCGCCCUAAAGCCUCCACCGUCCCUUACUUGAUAUCCGAGACAUUGGAUAUCUUCCACGCGUUUCCCCGGUCAACCAACACGCUACAUCCGCGCUACUAAUUAUUAAUUAUUGCGCCAAAGCGAGCAAACAAACAAGGGGUUUCUUAUCUACGCUCCGGGCCCGGGAAACUCAAUACCCCGAAAAAAGUAAAAAUAAAAAUAAAAAGGACGGAGAUAGGGAGAUUCAAUAUGUCCGCCGCUGUCGAAGCCAAGCCACAGCCACAGCUACAGCAAUGGCACGUCACGGAGCCGUACUUACACCUCCGGUGCGGGCUAGGCGAAGGCCCGUACUACGAGGAGCAGACUCGCAGCCUGCGGUUCGUCGACAUCAAGAAGAAGCGGGUGCACGCCGUGGACCUUGCUAAGAUCCCGCACCCCAACCCGAACCCCAACGUGGAUCCGAGCUCGGCCCCCGCCGGCGUCGAGACCAUCCAGCUCGACGUCCCCGUGACCGUCACGGCGGACAUCGAGGGCGUCGACCCGCGCGAGCGCAUCCUCGUCGGCGCCAAGUACGGCCUCGCCGUGCUGGACCGCCGCGCCGGCACUUACGAGUACGUUGCGCGGUUCGGCGCCGACAAGGACAACGAGCGCCUGCGCAGCAACGACGGCGCUGUCGAUCCCCACGGACGCUUCUGGCUAGGCACUAUGUCCGAUUUCGGCUACGACUUGCAGCCCGAAGGCUCCGUGUUCCUCUUCGACGGCAUGAGCACGGCGCGGUCCAUGCGGCACCCGGUCACCAUCCCGAACUCGGUUGGCUGGUCCCCGGACGGCAAGACCUUGUACUUCACGCACUCGACCGAGCGCACCAUCCACGCGUACGACUACGACCAGAGCUCCGGCGAGGUGUCGAGCGAGCGCGCAUUUUACCUGCACGACGGUCCCGGCGAGCCCGAUGGCUUCCGUGUCGAUGUCGAGGGGAACUUGUGGCAGGCCGUCUACGGCGAGAGCCGCGUGUUGAAGAUCUCGCCUGAGGGAAAGCUUGUUGGUGAGAUUAGGCUGCCUACUAAGAACAUCACGUGCACCCAGUUCGUCGGCACGGAACUGUUUAUCACGACGGCGGGAAUGCAGGAGGGCGAGGGAACUUCCGAGGAGGUUGAACUCGGCGGUGCGCUAUUUAGGGUUGAUGUCGGUGUUAAGGGGUUGGACCCUUUCUUGUUCAAGCUGAGCAAGGCGGUGGAUCCGGAGUCUUGAGUUUUGGAAGACGAUACGCCGGUCUAGGUUGGGGUUAACGAUAUAAAUGGGAAGAAGCAUGAGAAUUUUAUCACGUUCACAUAUGAUGCAGCUCUUAUAUAUGAUCAACGAGAAGAAAUGAAGAAAUGAAGAAAUCAGCAUUACUAAGGCUCUGUUGUAAUAGGACUAUUAAGAUAUUUU